AUGGCGCUCCCAGUCUUCGCCUUGCUGACCUUGGGCUCGCUGGCUCUGCUCGCCCUAUACAAAUUCAUUCUCUGUCCGCUCCUCUUCCAUCCAUUACGGCAUAUUCCCUCUGCGCAUUGGUCGAUCCCCAUCUUCGGAGAUACCUGGAUCACCUAUCAGCGUUACAUGGAGAGAAACAACGCCGUGACAUACGCAGCCCAUCUGAAGCACGGGUCCGUCGUCCGAAUGGGCGCCAACGAACUGAGCGUCAACUGUGUGGAUAACGGCAUCAAGACCAUAUAUGCCGGCUCCUGGGAAAAGCAUGCCUGGUAUCCUCAGAGAUUUGGCUCCUACGGGGUCAUGAACAUGUUUUCUACAAUCCAUCACGGUCCUCAUUCGCAAAAGAAACGGACAAUGGCCAACGUCUACUCAAAGUCCUACAUCGCCUCUUCUCCACAAGUUGCUGCGAAUUCACACACUCUGUUCUCGACCCGCUAUCUCCCUCUUCUCCAGAAACUUUCCGAAACAGGCGAGCCCACGGACGUGCAUGACAUGAACAAUGCCUUUGCCAUGGACUUCAUGUCGGCGUAUCAGUUCGGCCUGUCGGCGGGGACGAAUCUUACCCAAGACCUGACAAGCAGGAGGCAUAUCCUUCAUCAGUACCAUUGUCGUAGGGACUAUGAGUUCUUCUCCGCCGAAGCUCCUUGGCUGAAGAGGCUGACGCGAAGCCUCGGACUGCAAGUCGUGCCGUAUUUCGUGGACGAGGCGAACAUCCUCCUUGAAGAUUGGAACGCCGGCAUGUGCCGCAAGGCCGACAAUUUUCCCUCGCAGGAAGCAGCAAGCGACACGGCCUCCGUAUACCCUGGCGACGAGCCGGUCGUCUACAAGCAAUUCAAGACCGGCAUCACGAAGCUUCGCGAAAAGGAUCCAAAUGCGGGAAAGGCGACGGGUGAAGUCAUCCUGCCGACCACGCGGCACGACGAACUGCAUGACAACAAAAACACCAGCGACACCACGACUGCGGAGAUCUACAGCGAAAUGCUGGACCAGCUGGGCGCGGGCCACGAGACCUCGGCCAUCGCCCUGACGUACCUGUAUUGGGAACUGAGCAAGAACCCAGACCUCCAAAAGCAACUUCGUGAAGAGGUGCUGACGCUGACGCCGCCGAUCAAAUGGCCGUUGCCCACGGCUUCUGAUCCUGCGCUGGACUUUGAGCUGCCGGACCCGAGACAAAUCGAUGCCCUCCCGUUACUGAACGCCAUCCUGAUGGAGACACUGCGUCUGCACGCGCCCAUCCCGGGCAUCGAACCACGCAUCUCCCCCCACGUUCCAGGCGGGAGCACGCUGGGAUCUUACUCGAACAUCCCCGGCGGCGUGCGCGUUUCGGCGAUGCCUUACACGCUGCACCGCAACGAGGCAGUCUUCUCCGAACCGGAGACGUUCCUGCCUGCGCGCUGGCUGCCCUCGCACUCCUCCGAGGACCAGCUGAAGGAGAUGCACCGCUGGUUCUGGGCCUUUGGGUCCGGCGGCAGGAUGUGUAUUGGCAGCCACCUGGCCAUCCAGGAGAUCAAGCUGCUCGUCUCGGCGAUAUACAGCAACUGGGCCACGGAGAUUGUGGACGACGAGGGCAUCGAGGAAGUGGACGCCUACACGACAAAGCCCAGGAGUAAUCGCUUGAUCUUGAGGUUUACGCGCGUUUGA